GGUACAUCUGAACCUUAUUUGUCAACGCCAUUGGGAAUGCUGCACAAGCCGAUUCAGUACUCACAAGAGGCUUUUGGGGAGCGGGAUCGCCAUUUCACCAGUUGUGCACGAACAAACUUUGCUGCUGCAACUCCUUCGGACUUUCUCGACCUGGCGAAUCUGCCGCUGCGGUGCGGUGGCUAGGCGCCCAGUGCCCCAACUUGACGCGUGUAGAAUCUGCUGUGGGAAGAAAGACGCGAAGGUUUCUCGGGCAACUACUAUCAUGGCGGCCCCGGCCCCCAGUGGCGGGGGCUCCGCGCCCGAGGCGGCGGGCUCGGCGGAAGCCCCGCUGCAGUACAGUCUUCUUCUGCAACACUUGGUGGGUGACAAGCGCCAGCCCCGGCUCCUGGAGCCAGGUAGCCUGGGCGGGAUCCCGAGUCCAGCCAAGAGUGAGGAGCAGAAGAUGAUCGAGAGAGCGAUGGAAAGCUGCGCCUUCAAGGCGGCGCUGGCUUGCGUGGGAGGAUUUGUCUUGGGAGGUGCAUUUGGAGUGUUCACUGCUGGCAUUGAUACCAAUGUGGGCUUUGACCCUAAGGAUCCUUACCGUACACCAACAGCAAAAGAAGUUCUUAAAGAUAUGGGGCAAAGAGGAAUGUCCUAUGCCAAAAAUUUUGCCAUUGUGGGUGCCAUGUUUUCUUGCACCGAGUGUUUAGUAGAAUCUUACCGGGGAAAAUCCGACUGGAAGAAUAGUGUCAUUAGUGGCUGCAUCACUGGAGGAGCCAUUGGUUUCAGAGCUGGCUUAAAGGCUGGGGCCAUUGGUUGUGGAGGAUUUGCUGCUUUCUCUGCUGCAAUUGAUUAUUACCUGCGAUGAGAGUAAUUGCUUCUGGGAAGGACUCUGCCAGUCCUGGAUCAGCGUUUGGAGGAGGGUAGUUUGUGCACGCUCUAGGGCACUUGCUUCAGAGACUGAAGACAUUUAUAUUCCCUCGAGAAGUUGAUGCCAUGAGGGAGCUGCCUGGCGGUUGCCGGCCUCUAACAUCUGAGCAGCUGCUCCCCACUGGACUUGAGCCAGGCUGUGCGGGGCAUGUGCCAUGCUGGCUUCUCUCGAUUGAGCAUUUUGAUUUGUAGGAGUUAAACUCCACAAAGCUUUGUUCCUGUUCACAACUGGCCAGUUGAUUGGUUGGUGCUGUGGGAACAGAAAUGACUUUACUAAACUGUUCUACCUUAGAACUCAUGCAGUCACAUAUCAGGGCAGGGCAAAGUAAAUUUAUGCCAUCCAGCCAACUAUGUCAUUUUGUUUAGUAUUCUGCUAUUCUUUAUUUAUGUGUAUAUAUAUAUAUAUAUAUAUAUAUAUAUAUAUAU